AUGUCCGGAUUUGCGGCGGCGGGCCUCGUGGCCUUCGACUCCAUCAAGUCCAAAGCAUCGCAAAAACUUGCUGGGUAAUGUCACGCAUGCUCAUAUACGACAUGCGAGAGACAAAAAAUCGUUUAAAGGCUAUAUUUAGAUAUUACAACUCCUCUAUAUCUGAUCAUGCGCGUAAUUAGACACAUGUAUUUUGCGCGAUUCUCUGAUUAUUCCUUGCUAUAUAAUCUCUUUCGUUCUUUUUUUUUUUUUUAAAUAAACACUUGAAUAUCUGUAGCUAUGUCACAGAACCUAUAUGACACAAGUAUCCUGUGAAACAUUUGUUUCAAAUUUUUAAUACGUUAUACCUUCUUAAUAAAAUUAUCCAUAGAAAUAUAUUUCUGUCAUUAAUAAUCAAUAAAUAGAGACGUUUAAUUCAAAUUAGAAAAACAAAAUGUGUUCGUGAAAUGCGUUACUUGUUACUUGUUACUUUAGAUUUAGAAGAAGCAAUGCCGGCUACGAGGAAUUCGAGAUGCCCCGCGAGGGUAGCAAAGACAAUAAGGGGUUCGAAGAUGAGAGAGGGUAUAGUAGCCAAGCUUCGUUUGAAUCACUCCCGGAACCUGAACGGCCCCCAUUGCGCCAUAUCGAUACUUAUUGCAAACCAGAAUGUCCCUGCUUGUCGAAAAGAUACACCAUUGCCACGUUGGCCUGUAUUGGAUUUGUAAUCUCAUUCGGUAUGAGGUGUAACAUGGGAAUGGCGAAGAUGGCCAUGAAGAAUGCCACCUUUGACAAUGCCAAUCACACUCUCAGGUUCAACUGGACAGUUGGCACAGAGAGUGCCCUGGACUCGUCGUUUUUCUGGGGUUACCUGGUCACUCAAGUACCAGGAGGAUUCCUUGCAUCUCUGUAUCCUGCGAACAGGAUAUUUGGCGCGGCAAUCGCCAUAUCUUCGUUUCUGAACUUGUUGGUACCUGGUGCACUGAGCAUUCAUCCGGUCGUCGAUAUGUUUGUACAGGUCAUGAAAGGGUUGAUAGAGUUGGAUUAUUUUUAUGGAAUACAAUUGUUCACGAAUAAUUACUUCUCUCGGGGACAGGGUGUCACGUAUCCAGCGUGUCACGGUAUUUGGAAAUAUUGGGCACCACCGUUGGAAAGGUCACGUUUGGCGACAUUGGCAUUUUGCGGUUCUUAUGCUGCUAUGGUGAUAGGAAUGCCGCUCUCUGGCCUUUUGACCUCAACUUUUGGCUGGACAGCGUCCUUUUAUUUCUACGGUAUGUGCGGAUUGAUUUGGUACUGCUUUUGGUUGUGGCUGGCGUUCGAGAAACCAUCGAAACAUCCCUGUAUUUCUGCACGCGAGUUGCGUUACAUCGAAGAUUCUCUUGGUCAAGGACAAAUACAGAUGCCCAUGCCAACAUUCGCGACGACACCGUGGCGAAAAUUCUUGAAGUCCAUGCCAGUUCAUGCUAUUAUCGUUGCCAAUUUCUGCAGAUCCUGGAACUUCUACCUACUCGUGCUCUUUCAAGCUCGUUUCAUGCACGAGGCAUUCGGGAUGGCUCUGGUCGAAACUGGUAUCAUUGGUUCGCUACCACAUCUGCUGAUGACAAUGAUCGUGCCUUGCGGUGGCUUGCUGGCUGAUCACAUUCGCAAACGUGGAAUAUUGUCGACGACGAACGUGAGGAAGCUGUUCAACUGCGGCGGUUUUGGCAUGGAGGCUUUAUUCUUUUUGGUGGUGGCUCACGCGACUAUGCAGAGGAAUGGAACGGCGGCGAUCUUCGCGUUGGCGUUUGGUGUUGCGUGCAGUGGUUUUGCCAUUUCCGGUUUCAACGUGAAUCACUUGGACAUCGCGCCCAGAUAUGCCAGUAUUUUGAUGGGAAUGUCGAAUGGGGUGGGAACGAUAGCGGGAUUGCUGGUACCAUUCUUUGUAGACUAUGUCACAGAGAAAAAGGACGCUCAAAGUUGGAGAAACGUGUUUAUUCUAGCAGCAUGCGUGCACAUAUUCGGUGUAACGUUCUAUGGGUUUUUUUGUUCCGGAGAAUUACAACCGUGGGCUGAUCCUAGUGUAGAGGAACAGAAGACUUUCGCUAUGGAUGAAUUUGGACAAGCGAAACCACCCCUUCCGCCCCCACCAAAGACUAUGCAGUCUGAAUUCAUAAAGCAACCAUCCAUGGGUGACGGAGCAACCGACGAUUGGAAUAAUUACGAUCAACAAGCACCUGCAGAGAACAUGUACGCUCAACAGCAAGAGAAGCCGCCGGUGAUAAGCUACGGAUCGACAGAAACCAACAGUAACAAUCCUUUCCACUCUACAAAUCCCUUUGCUAGUGAUGUAAACGCGUCUCUGGUACAACCUCCAGCGACGAAUGAUUACACGUACGACGUAACGCAGCAGAAUCAACAGUGGAAUUAA